ACAACUCCAUCAGUAAAAUAUUGAAAAAAAAACACUAAAACCCUAAAAGAUUUCUUAUACAAAAACCUAAAACAGCAAAGCUUCGGAUAAUUGCGGCACCAUUGACAAGCAAAGCUCAAUUUCGCAACUUGAUUGAUUGACAACACAAUGGGAUCAAAAAACGAGAACACGAAGAAGAAGAACAACGACAACAACGGGAAGAAGAAGAAGAUGAACAACAACAACAAGGGUAAUGGUAAGGGUAAGGUUAAGGAUAAUUCGAACCCUAAUCAUUCAUCAUCAUCCAGUAAUGCCAAUGUUAUCAGUGAUCCUCGAUUUUCAAUGGUGCACACUGAUCCUCGUUUUCGUGAGGCACCAAAACACGAAACAAAGGUUUCCAUUGAUUCUCGAUUCGAUUCUAUGUUCACUGACAAGAGUUUUUUGCCUUCUUCUGCACCCGUUGAUAAAAGAGGGAAACUUAAGGAAAAUCGUACAUCACAACUCGAUUCUCUCCGUCAUUACUACAAAAUCGAUGUAAAGGACAAGAAGAAGGUAGAACAUAGUAGUGAUGAUGAUGAUGAUGAUGAUGAUGAUGAUGAAGAGGAAGAAGAAGAGGGAUUGGUGAAAGUAAAUGCUGCAAAACCGGAGAAUGAUGAAGGAACUGAGUCUGAAGAAUCCAGUGACUCGGAUUCUGAUGCUAUAGACACAGAUACUGCUACUGAUAUAGAUACAGAUACAGAUGAAGGUGAAGGUGUAGAUGAAGAUUAUGAGGAGGAAGCAUCUGAUAUUCAGGAAGAGAUAGUAGAGAUUGAGAAAGAAACUCAUAGGCUUGCUGUUGUUAAUAUGGACUGGAGGUAUGUGAAGGCUGUUGACUUGUAUGUAUUAUUUAGUUCAUUAGCCCCACCUAAUGGACUGAUCAAAUCGGUAACUAUAUAUCCAACUGAGUUUGGCCUUCAACGUAUGCAAGAGGAGGAAGUUCACGGGCCUGUUGGGUUAUUUGAUGAAGAAAAUGAAACAAGUGAUGAAGAUGGUGGUGACAGUGAUACUGAGAAUGAGAAGCUGCGUACAUAUGAGAAGAGCAGGAUGCGGUACUAUUUUGCUCUGGUGGAAUGUGAUUCAAGUGCCACAGCAGAUCACAUUUACAAAGAAAAUGAUGGUGUUGAGUUUGAACACUCAUCUAAUCCACUUGAUUUAAGGUUUAUUCCAGAUGAUAUGAAAUUCAAUCAGCCACCUAAGGAUGUUGCAACGGAGAUACCUGCAAACUAUGAGAACAAAAGUUUCUAUUCGCGAGCACUUCAGCACAGUAAAGUUGAACUUACUUGGGAUGAGGAUGAACCUCUUAGAGAAAAUACCUUGAAGCGUAAAUUGAAUGAUGAGCAGCUGGCUCAGUUGGAAAUGAAGGAAUUCUUGGCUUCUGAUGUGAGUGAAAGUGAUGACAGUGAGGAUGACAAUGAUGAACAGCCUCAUAAGAAGGCUAGAAAAAGAGAAAAGCUUCGUGCUUUGCUCUCUUCCGGCAAUGGUUCAGAUGAAGACGCGGAAGAUGAUGAUGCUCAAGAUAUGGAGGUCACCUUCAAUACAGAUUUACAAGAUUUAAGCAAACAUAUUAUGGAAAAGAAGGAUAAAAAAUCCAAAACAGUUUGGGAAGAAUAUCUGAGGAAAAGAAGUGAGAAAAGAAAAGCCAGAAAAAACAAAUCAAAGCAUUCAUCAGAUAGUGAUGAUAGCGAUGAUGAUAAUCAAGAAGCUACUGAAGAAGCAGAUGACUUUUUCGUUGAGGAACAUGUUACUAAGACGAGUAAGAAGGGUAAAAAUGAAAAUGAUCAUAAGCCUCAAGAUACGGAUGAAGUAGUCGAAGCAAGCAAAGCAGAGCUCGAACUAUUGCUUGCUGAUGACAAGGGGACAGAGACUGGUCUCAAGGGAUAUAAUCUCAAGUUUAAAAAAGGCAAGGGCAAAAAGAUGGAGAGUGCUAUUGAUGAGGGGAAAAUACCAAACAGUGCAUAUGAUGAUCCACGUUUUGCAUCUCUUUUCUCAGCUGACUUUGCUAUUGAUCCCACCAAUCCGCAAUUUAAAAGGAGUGCAGCAUAUGCCAGGCAGAUGGCACAGAAGCAGAAGAAGGGUCAUAUGGAAUUAUCAGCUGAAAAGGAAUGCACGGAGUUUCCGAAAGGAAAACAGUUGUCUUCUGAUGGUUCUGGCAAUCUGGCGAAGGGUGAGGAAGAAGGGUUAGAUGCUUUGAAAUCGAAGAAAGAUAAACAUGAGUUAUCAUCUUUGGUUAAAUCGAUUAAGAUGAAAUCCAAGCAAGUCCAGUUGUUAUCUUCUAAUGACAAUAUAAGGAAAGAUGGAAAAUCACAAUUUAAAGGUAGGGAGAAAAGGAGGCACUAGAUCUCAACUUUGUUGGUCCAAUCUGCUCAAUUGAAUGCUAUACAUGCAAAAUUGUGGGGGAAAAGCCAGGCAUAUGGUUGGUAUUGGAUGUAUUGAGGCUCAGCUAGUUUAAUAUUUUGUCAACAUUCUUAACCAUAUAAUGCUUAUUAAUUUUUUUUUGUUGCAAACUAGGUGGAUAUUUGUUUUGUCGUUUCAUUUAUUAUAACUUCUCAUUAGAGAAGAAGUGAGGAGUCUCCUAAAGCCCUUGUUUUAACUUCUAAGCAUCCACCAUUUUUUUUGUCAGUGGAAUUCAAAAAGGGCAAAGCCCAAAGGCUAUAUAUAUACUACAUCAGAGGAUCUACGCACUAUUGCCCAAGGCAAGCUUAGUGCACUCAAAUUUUGUAAACGCUUUUGACAACCCAUUAAUGCAUCUUUUUUGUUUCCUUCCA